AUGGCACUGAAUGUCCAUGAGACAUACAGUUUUGUCUUCCAAAAGCAAGGGUUCACAGCGCACGGGUCUCGUGUCACCAUUCAACCCGAGGCUGCCGGCGUAUCUUCAGUCAAGACAAGGGACUCGUUAAUAGCUCACUUUGAUAAUGAUAUUUCCGACUGCACUGGGAUAGAUGUAGAGCCUGAUUAUGUGCCAGGGACUGACUUGGAAGAUCAUAGUAAACGCAAGUGCACAGCUGGUGAUCACCCUCUUCUAUCAUGGAAAACUGAACGCGACACUUUCCUACUUGAACUUCUCCAGCAUGAAGGUCGGGGUGACUAUGCAAACCUUUAUAUAUGCCAGGCCUGUCAUUUUGGCCUUCCAGAAUACCAUUGCAUUGAUUGCUUCAGUGGGGAGUUGUUUUGCUCACUAUGCAUUGUUACUUCACAUACCAGGAAUCCACUGCAUCGUAUUCAGAAAUGGACAGGCUCAUUAUUUGCCGCUCUGUCACUCAAACAGCUCGUGUUAUGUGUGCAACUUGGCCAUCCAAUCGGAGAGGCAUGUUCACUACCAGAACAGGCAUUUAAUGACGACUUUACACUGAUCCAUUCAAAUGGUAUACACAAAAUUGGUCUUGAUUAUUGUGGCUGCGGCACUGCUCAGACAUCAGCUACUUUUCAGGUUCUCGAACAGUACCAUCUGUUGUCAUUUGAGUCCAAGGCAUCUGGCUAUGAGUUUUAUCAUGUGAUUGCAUGGCUCACUGACAACACCGGUCUUUGUCCACAAAAGGAUCGGUAUGAAGCCUUCUUACGGAUGGUUCGAGAGUGGCGCCACCUCAAAAUGCUUAAAUGUGCUGGUUGUGGACAUGAUCCAGAUGGUGUAGAGGGAACGGGUGAGGGGGAGUGCGCUGUCUUAUGUCCUGCUUGCCCACAACCUGGUAAGAACUUGCCAGAUGAUUGGCAGGAUGCACCAAACGACAAAUGGGUAUAUGCGCUGUUCAUUGCCAUAGAUGCUAAUUUCCGUCUUAAGAGACAUGCUGUUUCCAAGGAAGACACCGACCCAGGGCUAAGUCGGGGAUGGGCCUACUUUGUCGAUGAAACAGCCUAUAAGUCUCAUUUGGGGCAGCACAGUGGGACACCACAAGAGAAAAGCACUUGUUCCUCUCACAAUGCUGUUAAUAUGGCGGACACCAAGGCCUCGCAAGGUCUUGCUGCGACCGGUGUUGGGACAAUUGAUUGCGCACAGCAUAACAUGAAGUUACCAAAUGGUGUUGGAGAUCUGCAAAAAGGUGAAAGGUACACAAGCAUGGAUUAUUUGUUUUUCUCGACGCUCCGCCGACGCUGUGUUGAUGUUCUCAAUGUUUCAUACAAUAUUGCCUGCCAAUGGCACAAGCACUUAUGGCAACACAUGUCAACAAUGCCGCCUAACCUUCAACUGGAACACGCCAAUAAAUUUGUCCAGUUCUUUGUUCCUAAAUUUCAUCUACCCGCCCACAUACUCAAGUCAUCAAGUACAAAAGAAAUGGGCCCAGGAUCUCGAAGAGACACGCUGGAUGAUCACUUCGGUGAUUGGAAUUGGAAGAAAUUAGUUGGUCUUGGUGCCACACUCCUUCGCAAAAUGGACGAGGCUAAGGAUGAGCACAAAGCUCACGCAAGUGCAUUCGAAGAACUGAAUGGAGCCUUAGAGCCAGAGAUUACCAUGGUGUGGAGAGCAGAAGUUGAGCACUGGGAGGAAAACCCAAAUGACUCAUCUGUCCCUAAUCCAUUUGACGCAAAGGUUUCCACGAUCACGCAGGCUGCUGUUCGACUCAAACUGGCCGAGAUGGAAGCAUGUCAACUCCAGGACGGAACCGACAUGUCGCUGCACCUGGAUAUAUCACCUAGCGUGUUUAUAGCAAUCGGAAUUGACCUUGAAAGCAAACAGCGCCGCUUUAAGUCAGACAUUGCUCUCCAAGGAGUGCAUCCAACAGAUAGACAGAAAGCAGCUGUUGUGCACCAGCAGAACACCCUCCGGCGCAAGAUUGAAGCAUGGAAGCAAGUUCAAUUACUCUACACUCCAGCAGCACAACUUUUGUCGUCCCGAAUAGAAACCGUCAGCAAUCCAGACAACCCAGAGGAUGCCAAACUCCUCUUACCAUCCUCACUUACAGCAGAAACUGUGUCUUGCAGCACUCACCUUCUCACGAUCGAGUGGGAGCUACGGAUUGCACAGGCGGGCGACACUCUGGAUGAGAUCAGACAAAGCCUUCGACUACGUGACUACAUGUACUCCUUUAAACGCAGCUGGGUUCAUGGACAGAGUGCCAACACUCACGCACAAAAUGCAAUCAGCCGGGUGGAGGCAAGGGUGAUGAUGGCAGCUGAAAAGUAUCGUGUUUCCCAUGCAGCACUUUCUGUCCUUGCGCCUGUUCUCAGCAAGGUGGGCUGGAACAUCAGAUUUCGGUUGCUGAACAAGAAGGAUGAUGUGCGCAGGAUGUCAGCACCAAAGAAAGGAGAAAGUGAGGGAAGGAGGAAGUUGUCAUGGAUCUGGCUUGUGGAGGGAGUUGGAGAUGACGAGGACAAAGUCGUCCAGGACAGUCUUCGGCUUGAGUGGUGCAAAGCUCGUGCUAGGGUGAUGCGAUGGGAGGAAGAAAUUGAGUUGCUGUGGGAAGAAAUGUGUCGGGUUCUCCAAUUUCUCCGAUGGCAUGUGCACUGGUGGGACAAUACAGUGUGUUUGCGCACUCUCACAGGUGCUGAAAAAGAGGGACUCAUUGCAUAUGCUACUCGACAGGCUCGUAAUCUUGCUGCUAAGUUCGAGCUUUCUUGGGCACAACAUCUUACUGAUAUCUGUGAGCCAUCCUCUGAUCCAGUAUCAACACACCUUCCUGAUCUUUCUAUACCAGAGUUACCUCCGCCUUGA